AUGCAGAUGCAGCUAUGGUUUAUAACUAACUUUGGGAGUUCAUGUGGCAUGGAUUCUCCAGCUACUGAUUUAUUUGCAAUUUGCAAAACAUCAAUUCCUGAUCUCUUACACACAUUUGAGAAACCAGACCCCUGCCACACUGCGAGGAUUUUCAAGGCAUGUAUUGUUGUUGAAUUUGAAAUGCGUUGGAUCUAUCUCUCAGGAAUUAAUGGAGGCAUGGAACCACCUGAGGAACCACCUGCUGUCAAUUUUGCAUUUGUCAGUUCUGUGUUGCUUCCUAAUGGAACACCAGAUGUGCACUUUCGAGUAGCUUGUGGUGGGCAGAAACUUAGGGACAUUAUGUUGGAUUCUAAUAUUGAAUUGUAUGGACCAUAUUCCAGACCUCUGCUAAAUUGUGGGGGAGGAGGAACUUGUGGGACAUGCAUUGUAGAGAAUGUGGCGUGGUUCCCAUUAGUCACUGAAUUCCAGACCAGGUUGCUAUUCAACCAAGCUUUCAGCCGAGGGCUUCAGAUUCAACGCAUUCUCGCUGGUGGGAAGAAGCAGAAGCAGAAAUAA